AUGGCCGAGCGAGCAAAACUCCAGGCACUUUCCGACGAGUACCAAGACCUGCAGACUCAGCUCACUACUCUUGUCUCCGCACGUCAAAAGCUCGAAUCACAGCAACAGGAGAACAAGGGAGUGCAGAAGGAAUUCCACUCUCUCAAAGACGAUGCCAAAAUCUACAAAUUGGUCGGGCCAGUGCUGUUGAAGCAAGACACGACCGAAGCCAAAACCACAGUUGAUGGCAGACUGGAGUACAUCGAGAAGGAAAUUAAGCGAAUAGAAUCCAGCAUCAAGGACAUACAGGACAAGAGUGAAGCCAAGAAGACCGAGAUUCUGCAAAUUCAGACCCAAAUGCAGCAGAUAUCAGCUUCUGCUUGA